CCGGGCGCUCGUCGCCGAUCGCACGAUGUGACGCGCCGCCCGGGGCAGGCCGGGCCUUGAAGAUGGCGGCGGGCUCCGCGAGCGGCUCGGCCCGGCAGUAGCGGCGGCACGGACUCGCCGCGGGGCCGCCGCCCCGGGAGUGGCAGCAGCGGCGGCGGGACUCGAGGAUGGUAAAAUGACCCAGGGGAAGAAGAAGAAACGGGCCGCGAACCGCAGUAUCAUGCUGGCCAAGAAGAUCAUCAUUAAGGACGGAGGCACGCCUCAAGGAAUCGGCUCCCCCAGCGUGUACCACGCGGUCAUCGUCAUCUUCCUGGAGUUCUUCGCCUGGGGCCUGCUGACCGCGCCCACGCUGGUGGUAUUACAUGAAACCUUCCCUAAACAUACAUUUCUGAUGAACGGCCUGAUUCAAGGAGUCAAGGGUCUGCUGUCCUUCCUCAGCGCCCCGCUCAUUGGUGCUCUCUCCGACGUCUGGGGCCGGAAGUCCUUCCUGCUGCUGACGGUGUUCUUCACGUGUGCCCCGAUCCCUCUGAUGAAGAUCAGCCCGUGGUGGUACUUUGCCGUCAUCUCCGUGUCGGGGGUGUUUGCAGUGACCUUCUCCGUGGUGUUCGCAUACGUGGCGGACAUCACCCAAGAGCACGAGAGAAGCAUGGCCUACGGACAGGUCUCCGCCACGUUCGCCGCGAGCUUGGUGAUCAGCCCUGCCAUCGGCGCAUACCUGGGCCGGGUGUACGGGGACAGCCUGGUGGUGGUCCUGGCGACGGCCAUCGCGCUGCUGGACAUCUGCUUCAUCCUGGUGGCCGUGCCCGAGUCUCUGCCCGAGAAGAUGCGGCCCGCAUCCUGGGGGGCGCCCAUCUCCUGGGAGCAGGCCGACCCCUUUGCGUCCCUGAAGAAGGUGGGCCAGGACUCCAUCGUGCUGCUCAUCUGCAUCACUGUGUUCCUCUCCUACCUCCCGGAGGCGGGCCAGUACUCCAGCUUCUUCCUGUACCUCCGCCAGAUAAUGAAGUUUUCACCAGAAAGUGUGGCGGCCUUCAUAGCGGUCCUGGGCAUCCUCUCCAUCAUCGCACAGACCAUAGUCUUGAGUUUGCUCAUGAGAUCCAUUGGAAAUAAGAACACCAUUUUGUUGGGUCUGGGGUUUCAGAUCUUACAACUGGCGUGGUAUGGCUUCGGUUCAGAGCCUUGGAUGAUGUGGGCCGCGGGGGCCGUGGCUGCCAUGUCCAGCAUCACCUUUCCCGCCGUCAGCGCGCUCGUGUCCCGAACCGCCGAUGCCGACCAACAGGGUGUUGUCCAGGGGAUGAUAACGGGAAUCCGGGGGCUGUGCAACGGCCUGGGCCCCGCGCUCUACGGCUUCAUCUUCUACAUCUUCCACGUGGAGCUCAAAGAGCUGCCCAUGACGGGCACGGACCUGGGGACCAACACCAGCCCGCAGCACCACUUUGAGCAGAACUCCAUCAUCCCCGGCCCGCCCUUCCUCUUCGGAGCCUGCUCGGUGCUGCUCGCUCUGCUGGUGGCCUUGUUCAUCCCGGAGCACACCAACCUGAGCCUGCGCUCCAGCAGCUGGCGGAAGCACUGCGGUGGCCACAGCCACCCGCACAGCGCGCAGGCGCCAGGAGAGGCCAAAGAACCCUUGCUCCAGGACACGAACGUGUGAGCCGCCUGCGCCGCAGAGCUGAUGUACAUUCCACGGCGCCUCCACACUCACCCAAGGGCCUGGAGGACGGAUCUGCAUGGACUCCGGGAACUAGAGAAAGAACUGGACCGUUUUCCAAAGACGUUACAAUUUCUUUUGAAAAGAAACCUUUUGUUUAUCGCACCACUUCCUUGCCACCAAGCUGUUUAUUAUUCACGUCCUUUCAUUAAAGCUCUCUGUGACUUCUUAGACACUAGCAGCGUGUCUGCACCGUCCCCAGGGGCUGGGCUUCGGGUUACCCACGUCACGGGGGCGGAGCAGAGGCGUGGCUGCGGGCCUGCUCGCUUUCACCUUGUCCAACCCGGGCCCAACGAUUCAAAGCCUUAAACGCAGAUGCACUGAAGGGUGAGUGAACUGUCAAGAGUUAAGAGGAUUAUACUAAACCUGGAUCAUGUGUCAAGCCUGUUUGUAAUUCUAGUUUAAACAUUCUUCACUGCUGUUUUUAAAAUAAAUGUCAGCCAUGUUUUGUUCAGUUGAGUGUGUGGAGCCUGUAACCUCCAUGUUGGCUUACAGUUGUCCCCCAGCUCCUUACACCACUGCCCUCUCCUGUUUGCAGAAUCAUAACCUCAACACUUGAACACGUAAUUAAACCUGUAGUCAAGCUGGUAGCCUUGAAAACGUCACGUGAUACCUAAUGUAGAUAAAUAUAUAUAGUGGCCUUUCAGGACUGUCACAGUAACACUUUACUUACAGAGCUAAUGUUUGUCCUACAUUUUCAGGACCCUGGAAGAGAGCUUUAUACAAUUCCUGAUGUGAAUUUCUCUAAAGUGUAUAUUUUUGUGUCCAGUUAUAUUAUUUAAAAAAGUGUUACUUUGUAAAAAUGUACAUAAAGUAUUGUAUAGUUUACAGGGUUUUCAUCUUGUGUGUGAUUAUUGCUUAAUGCUUUUUAAACUUGGAACAUUCACUAACAGUUAAAUAAGGUCUUAAAAAAUGUAAAUAUUCUGUUAAUAAAAUUAAAUAUUUUAAUGAUUUUUUAAA